CAAGUUUAACGAGUCUUAUCCGAUCGAGUUGAGUCCGUCAUUAACUAAAUAAGUUUUGAUAAAUUCCUGCAAAUCAGCUGCAUUUAUCAACGGCCAAAAAACUGCCAAUUAAAGCAAGAACGAGAUAAGGCACCAUCUUCCAAAUCAAAGCCAGCGCCAUCCGCCAUGGCCGAAGCUUCAUUAGUUCCUCAAUCAAUGUUCAUCCCCACGAUCCCAGCUCAACAUACACUCAGAAACAACUUCAAUCUCUAUUUCCCUCUUUCAACGUCGACAAGAAGCGGCGUUUCCCACCGGUUUCGCUGCUCUGUCUCCACCGCCGCCGCUGAGAGCGCCGCCCCGACCGGCGUCCCAUGGGGCUGCGACGUGGACUCUCUUGAAAAUGCUUCUUCUUUGCAGGAAUGGCUGUCUCGUUGCGACCUUCCUCCUCAGAAAAUGGCUAUAGAGAGAGUGGAUGUAGGGGAGAGGGGGCUCGUUGCUUUGAAAAAUAUCAGGAAAGGGGAAAAAUUGCUCUUUGUGCCACCCUCACUUUUCAUAACUGCUGAUUCUGAGUGGAGCUGUCGUGAGGCUGGUAAGGUGCUUAGGCAGUAUAAAGUGCCGGACUGGCCACUGCUUGCCACCUAUCUGAUUAGUGAAGCCCGUCUUGCAAACUCAUCGAGAUGGAAUAACUACAUUUCAGCCUUGCCAAGGCAACCCUAUUCUCUCUUGACUCGUUCGGAAUUGGAUAGAUAUCUUGAAGCCUCACAGAUAAGACAACGAGCAAUAGAGAGGAUCAAUGAUGUCACUGGGACAUACAAUGACUUGAACGACAGAAUAUUUUCCAAGUACCCUGAUUUAUUUCCUGAAAAGGUGUUCAACAUGGAGAGUUUUAAAUGGUCAUUUGGCAUUCUUUUUUCACGAUUGGUGCGCUUACCCUCAAUGGAUGGAAAGGUUGCUUUGGUUCCAUGGGCAGAUAUGUUGAAUCAUAGUUGUGAGGUUGAAACAUUUCUAGAUUAUGAUAAAUCAUCUAAGGCAGUUGUUUUCACAACUGAUCGAGCAUAUCAGCCAGGUGAGCAGGUUUUUAUAUCAUAUGGAAGGAAAUCUAAUGGUGAGUUGUUGCUUUCAUACGGAUUUGUUCCACGGGAAGGCACCAAUCCUCGUGACUCAGUCGAGCUCUCACUGUCACUCAAAAAAUCUGACAAAUGUUACAAUGAGAAGUUGGAAGCUCUGAAGAAGCACGGACUAUCUGCGUCUCAGUGUUUUCCGCUACAAGUCACCGGUUGGCCGGUCGAGUUAAUGGCUUACGCUUACCUGGCAGUGAGCCCCCCAAGUAUGAAAAAUCAGUUUGAUCAGAUGGCUGCAGCUGCAUCAAAUAAGAAUACCUCAAGUAAGGAUCCUAAGUAUCCUGAAAUAGAGGAAGAGGCAUUGCAAUUUAUUCUUGACUCCUGUGAGGCCAGCAUCUCAAAAUACUCUAAUGGAUCAAUGGAUUUGGAUGUGACGAACCCAAAGCUCCUGAACCGAAAAUUGUUCUUGAAGCAGCUCGCUGUUGACUUAUGCACCAGCGAGCGGAGGAUACUAUUCCGUGCUCAAUAUAUUCUGAGGAGGAGGCUGAGAGAUAUGAGAAGCGGCGAGCUAAGAGCUUUGAGGAUCUUCGAAGGUUUCAGAAAGCUGUUCAACUGAGCCAUCAGAGAUUAAUUCGCUACCUAUGUUUAGGCCAAGAUUUUUAUUUGACUGAAUAUCAUGUGAUUUCAAAGGAUUUGGCUCUUGUGUUCUGUAAUUUGUUGGUUUUGUGAUGCAUCAUUUUGUGUGAAGAUAGAACUUGUGAUGCAUCACUUUUUGUGAAAUGAUUAUUUUGUGACGCAUCUUUUUGUGAUGCAUCUUUCUAAAAAUAAAAUGAUUAUUGUGUGAAGA